UUCAUGAAUUUUGCCCCCUCAAUUCAUUUCUUUUUUGAUCUACCCCUCCAAUCUUUUAAAAUCCCAAAAUACCCUUAUGUUUUUUUUUUAUAUGUUUUUUUCUUUCCUUUCUUCGACUUUUCCCCUCCAUCUCUUUAUCCAUAACCAGACCUUAGGAGCCCUCUGUUUCCUUUCAUGAAUCGGCCGGAUUGUAAGUGUGGAGACUGCGCGUUUUGAAGGAGAUGGUGAAGAGGCGACUCAGAGAGAAAACUACAGGAUUUUAGAGAGCCCUAGGAGCAGAAGCAGAAGCAACAGGUAGGCAACAGCUCUAAUUUUGAUUUUCUUUUAGUGGUUUUGGGAAUUUUUUUUUUUGGGAGAAAUUGUGAAAGUUGUGUUCUGUUUUUUUUUAUUUUUUUUAAUAACGGUGGUGGUAGGCAUUUCUUGAUGAGAGAUAUGUAUGAUGAUAUGAUGCUGGAUGGAGUACAGCCAACUAGGGAUACAUUCCAUUCUGUCAUCAGUUAGUGGAAAGGUGCUUUCAUGUUUGUUAUCAUGGACUUUCAUUCUUUCUGGAAUUUUCCGUUUGCUUGAUUUUGUUUUGUUGCAGGUGGAUAAGCAAAAUGCUCAUUUCUUUGGUGUUACGAUCAACGAGCAACAAGCCGAGUGUGGUAUUCUAGUAAGAGUUACUUCAAAUGCACAAAGCAAAUUUAAGUUACUUUAUUUCGAGCAAGAUGUGAAUGGCGGUUAUGGUUUGGCCCUACAGGUACCAUAUCUUCUUUCCUAUUGUGUCUCCAAUCCAUUUUCCAUUUUAUAGUGCAUAUGAUUUUUGCAUUCUGAAAGCUGUCAUGGUUGUUUAAAAAAUUUGAAGCAUAGAUGGAGUCAACAGUGCCAAUGAUCAUAUACAAUUGGUAGAA